AUGGAAACAUUUCUAGGCCUCGGAUUCACCAGAGAUGAGUUCACGAUGAUGGUCAAGCGCCGUCCUUCGUGCAUUGGAUUCUCUGAAGAGACGGUGAAGAAGAAGACUGAGUUUCUUGUGAAGAAGAUGAAUUGGCCACUAAAGUCUGUGGCUUCGCACCCUCCGGUACUUGGAUACAGCAUGGAGAAGAGGAUUGUGCCAAGGUCUAACGUAAUCAAAGCUCUCAAGUCCAACGGUUUGCUCGGAAAAGGAGGAAGUGAACUCCCUUCAGUGUCGAGGGCGUUUGGGAUUAUCGAUGAAGCUUUCUUAAACAAGUACGUUAAGGAUCAUGAUGAUGACAAGGAGCUUGUGGCCGAAUUGAUGGCUAUCUUACCAGCGAUCGUGUCUCAUAGGUUAGCAAUCUUGUUAAAGGGUUCUGUUAGUUAA